CAAAUUUGUGUUUGUGAGAGAGAUCUAGGAGAGAGAGAGUGAGAGAGUGAGUGCAGAGAACGUGAAAUUGAAAAUGCGUUUCCCACUUGCUGAGAGAAGAGACAGAGAAGAUUGGGGUUCGAGACUUUUCAUGAGGCACUGAGAUUUCUUUUCGCAUUCUUUGAGGAAUACAACCCCCAAAUGUCAGAUUCAGAUUACCAUUUGAUCCACCUCUGAUCCCUUCUUCUUCUGCAUGCUCUGGUAACUACUACCGUCCCCCUUUGUAUAAGCUGAAGUGGAACAUGCAGUUAGUUUGUGAAGAUGCUUCCCGAAGCUGAGUAUGAGAUGUUAGAAGAUGAUAGCUUUGAGGGGUCAUAUGAAGAGCAUCAGAUAUUCAGGGAAGUUUUCUUUGCAAGUGAUGCCGGAAACACUACUACUAAUAAAAGAUGUCUUGUUACUGGAGCCAUUAACUUCGAGUGUGAUGAUUCCAGUAAGAAUGUCAACUCCUCCCUGAGCUCAAACAAUGACAACAACUCUGUGGUCACAAGUGGCCUAGAAGGUUCUGAGCCAUCAUCUGCUUCUAAGGAUGGUUCUGAAGUUAACACAAAAGCUAAAAGAGCCAAGCUUUCUGCUAAUAAGAAUGUGGAUGAAAAGGGAUCGCCUUUUACUGGUUUUCAGAAUGCGGAUUUUGCUAGAGAUAUGAUACCUCUCCAUUUAGUCGAGUCAUCUAACAAGGGUGUCUCAACGAGCUCUUAUUUGCUGAAGCAAAGCAUAGAAAAGGGAAAAGAAGUUUAUCUGAGUGGCAUUGUCUCGCAAAACGUGAAAGAAUGCAAUGGAAAGGAGUUAAAGGCAAUUGAGUCUCCUGUUUCUCAGGAGAGCUUCGCAACCAGAGUGUUCUCUGCUGGUGCAUCUACUCCACUACAGUUGAAGGAGAGAACUAAAGUAUCUCCUAAUGAGUUAAGCAUUUCUAAGACUUGUCUAAAGAUUGAUCCUAAAGAGGACCCUCGUCCUCUUCUCUACAAGUACGUCUGCAAGUUGCUUGCUUCUUCCAGAUGGAAAAUCGAGAAGCGCCAGAGAUCCAAUAGUAAAUACUCGGAAACUAUAUACGUAUCUUCACAGGGGCGGAAGUUUCGUGAAUUUGGGUCAGCCUGGAGAUCACUGGGGGAGAUCUUACUCGCUGAUCAUAAGCUAAUGGAUACAGGUACUAAGAAUUGGACAGGUAUCAAUGACUUUUGGUCUGAUCUCUCGCUUACAUUGUUGGACAUUGAGGAGAACAUGAAACUGUUGAAUCUUGAGAACACACGGGCGCUCUGGUGGAGUACCUUGGAGCCUUUUGUGACUGCUGUCUUCGUCGAUAAGAAAGUUGGUUCUUUAAGAAAAGGAAAUAAAGUUGAAGUUGCAAAGAAUUCAAUUGUAGACAAGUUUAAUCGAGAGGAUGCGACUUGUCUGAAAUUGAUCUCAGGCUGUCCUGAAAGUGUGCUGACAGUAUCUGAGAGCAGUCUUCUUGUUUAUGACGACGAGAAUGCUAACCAAGAGAUUCGUUCUGAUCUUGAGAGGAAAAAUGCUUCUUCAAGACAAGAGAAGCAGAAGAACAGUGUUAGCAAGGUCGUUGAAGCUUCAAAACUGAUAGCAGAAGGGAUCCAUGAGAGUCUUCUGAGGAAGAAGUCACACGGAAGAUCGAAAAAAGCUCCCUUGGACCCCACUAGCCUUGAAUGCCAGGAUAAAGAUAUGGGAUACAUCCACGUCAUCUCAGAGGAAAAUGGAGAUAAAAGGUUGAGGAAUGAUAAGAUGAAGAGUUCUAAGAAGGGAAGAAGAAAGAACUGUAAUCAAGACGAUGUCGUUUUUAAAACCAAAGGUAAGGAUGCCUGUGGAAUCAGAUCAAGCCAGAAGAAGAAGAAAGCUCAGAAAUCAAAAGCUAGAACCAAGAAAAAGAAUAAUAGAGGAGGGUGCAGGCUCCUUCCUCGAAGCACUAGCAAUGGGGAAAAACAAUUUGGUCAAGGGAACUGGUGUGCUUCAGGUCCAAGAACAGUGUUAUCAUGGUUGAUAGCUUCCAAAGUAAUCUCUAAGGACGAAGUAAUCCAGUUGCGGGAUCCAGAUGAUGAUGAUACCGUUGUGAAAACAGGCAUCGUGACUAAAGAGGGAGUGGUCUGCACAUGCUGCAACAGGACUAUAUCGCUUUCUGAGUUCAAGAAACAUGCUGGAUUCGACCAGGGGUGUCCUUGUCUGAAUCUGUUCAUGGGAUCAGGAAAGCCUUUCGCUUCGUGUCAGCUUGAAGCUUGGUAUGCUGAGUAUAAGGCUAGAAGAAAUGGAUCUAGAUCAGAGGAAGGUUAUGAUGGUGAUGAUCCAAAUGAUGAUUCUUGUGGAAUCUGUGGUGAUGGAGGUGAGCUGAUCUGCUGUGAUAAUUGUCCUUCUACCUUCCAUCAGGCUUGUUUAGCAAUGAAGGUGCUCCCGGAAGGCAGUUGGUAUUGCUCAAGCUGCACAUGUUGGAUAUGCAGAGAGUUCGUUAGUGAUAAUGCUCCUGAUGACCGCUCUCAGGAUUUUAAGUGUACUCAGUGUGCGCAUAAAUAUCAUGGAGUAUGUCUGCAAGAGAGAAGUAAACGCAGAGAACCAUUUCCAGAAACCUACUUUUGUGGUAAAAGUUGCGAGAAGGUGUACACUGGUCUAACUUCUCGUGUUGGGGUCAUAUCUUCUCCUAAUGCGGAUGGUCUGUCUUGGACGGUUUUGAAAUGUUUUCAAGAAGAUGGAAAGGCUCAUUCUGCGCGAAGGUUGGCAUUGAAGGCGGAAUGCAACUCGAAAUUAGCUGUUGCUCUAUCGGUUAUGGAGGAAUGCUUUCUGUCUAUGGUAGAUGCAAGAACUGGUAUUGACAUGAUACCUCAUGUGCUUUACAACUGGGGGUCAAAGUUUGCUCGCUUAGACUUUGAUGGGUUUCACACAGUGGUUGUGGAAAAGAACGAUGUGAUGAUCUCAGUAGCAUCCAUCAGGGUGCAUGGAGUAAGUGUUGCAGAGAUGCCUCUUGUAGCUACUUGCAGCAAGUAUCGUCGUCAGGGAAUGUGCAGAAUCCUCGUGACUGCAAUUGAAGAGAUGCUUAUGUCUCUCAAAGUGGAGAAUCUUGUUGUGGCAGCGUUGCCAAGUUUAGUGGAAACAUGGACUGAAGGUUUCGGCUUCAAAACCAUGGAUGAUGAAGAACGCGAAGCUCUCAAAAGACUAAACUUGAUGGUGUUCCCAGGUACAGUUCUUCUCAAGAAAACGCUACACCAGUGCGCAAAUCCCAACACUGUGAAAGGUACAGCCAGCAAAGAAGCAGAUCUAGACAAUGCCGGGUUUGCCGUGACGACCUGCAAUCAGAUGGUUCCAGAAGGAUCAGAUGAUGGACCUCCCCCAGGCUUACCAGUGCCACUUGGAACCAACCAAACAGAACCAGUGGCAGAAGCAGAGAAGCCAGCCCAAGAGAGGAACAACACCAAAGAAGAUUGUUUGGAGAAGGAACUGUCAAAGUUUUCAUCACAAGGAGAAGAAGAAGUGAAGAUAAGAACUUCUUCAUCCUGUGAAGUUGUAGAAGAAGAGAGGCAAGUUAGUAGUGUAGCAGUAGUAAAUAAUGUUAGUGAUGAGAUGUUGCUUUGUGUUGAUGAACAACUCGACUUUGAUAGCUCUGAAGACUCGGAUUAACAUUUAGGACUUUGAUAAAUAAGAAAACUACCACUUCUUUUUCCA